GCUGGAGUGGGCGGGGCUCGUCCCGGAAGCCUUGGCCCCGCCCUCCCUCGCAGGAUCCUGGGCGCCUCCUUACCGCCAGCUUCAGUUGUGUGUUGCUUCAGGGGCAACUGUAAUCUCAACAGGAUGAGGCUUGUCAUCCUAGAAAACUACGAUUUGGCGAGCGAAUGGGCUGCAAAAUACAUCUGUAACCGCAUCAUUCAGUUCAAACCUAACCAAAGCCGAUAUUUCACCCUUGGCUUACCAACAGGAAGCACGCCUUUGGGAUGCUACCAGAAACUGAUAGACUAUCACAAAAGGGGAGACCUCUCUUUUAAAUAUGUGAAGACAUUCAACAUGGAUGAAUACGUAGGGCUUCCGAGAAAUCAUCCAGAAAGCUAUCAUUCUUACAUGUGGAACAAUUUUUUUAAGCAUAUUGAUAUAGAUCCAAACAACGCUCAUAUUCUCGACGGGAAUGCGCUGGAUUUAAAAGCCGAGUGUGAUGCCUUUGAAAAGAAAAUAGAAGAAUCUGGGGGGAUAGAGUUGUUUGUUGGAGGCAUUGGCCCAGAUGGUCACAUCGCUUUCAACGAGCCGGGAUCCAGUUUGGUGUCAAGAACAAGAUUGAAAACACUCGCCAUGGAUACCAUUCUGGCAAAUGCAAAAUACUUUGAUGGGGAUUUAUCAAAGGUCCCAACUAUGGCUUUAACAGUUGGCGUGGGAACAGUCAUGGAUGCCAGAGAAGUCAUGAUUCUUAUCACGGGGGCACACAAGGCCUUCGCCUUGUACAAGGCAAUCGAAGAAGGGGUCAACCACAUGUGGACUGUUUCUGCCUUCCAACAACAUCCCCAUACCAUCUUCGUGUGUGAUGAAGACGCCACUUUAGAACUCCGCGUUAAAACGGUGAAGUAUUUUAAAGGUUUAAUGCACGUGCACAACAAGCUGGUGGAACCUCUAUGUAGCAUGAAAGAGCAAAACUGAUGGACAGAACCACACCGGCGCAUUGUUGGUGGUGGGGGACCCCGGCCGUGUGUUUUGGGGAGCAGAAUCACUAGGGCAAACUGCGGAACCUUGGCUAAAACCAAGCAUCUUUUUGCAAUCCAGGGCUUGUGCGUUUUCCUCACGGUCCAAAAUGGGCGUGUUAACAUUCCUCUCUAUGCUGUCAAAAGCCUUUUUUUCCUCGUCUUCCCCCCGCCCCCCCACUUUUGUGUAUUUACAGGGUCUGAAAUGAUGCAACAGUUCAAAGUUGAGAAGCUCAAAACCAGUUGCUCAGGGAGAAGAAUUUAACCUUCUGGCAGGGGGUCUUUGGAGGAUGUGUUUUUUUUAAAAAGGACCCCCGAGGGGAGCUGCCCCAGUGUGAUUUUGCUUCCACCUUU